AUGACGGAUGAAUACUCAGAACAAACAGACCAACAUCAGGUUGAAGAACAAGAAGAAUAUUUAAACAUGAACGAGAUCGAAGAAGAAGUUCCAGAAGAUGAUGAAAAUGCAUCAGCACCAGAUGAAGACGAAGAUGCUGAUAUGGAUGUUGACGGAGAAGAAGACGAAACUUUGGAAAUAGAUAUGUCAAACAAUUCGUGGGCAUAUUUUGACCAACACAAGGACUCGAUUUUCACUAUUUUCAAGCAUCCUACCUUGCCAAUGGUUGUCACCGGAGGCGGAGAUAAUACAGCAUUUAUGUGGACCACACAUACGCAGCCACCACGUUUUGUUGGCGAAUUGCAAGGACACAAGGAAUCGGUCAUCACUGGUGGUUUUACCCACGAUGGGAAAUACGUUGUCACUGGUGAUAUGAAUGGUUUCAUCCAAGUACACAAGUCAACAAAGAGUGGUCAAAAAUGGACCAAGUUUGCUGAUUUGGAAGAAGUUGAGGAAGUCUUGUGGAUCAGCGUCCAUCCAAGCUUGCCUUAUUUUGCAUUCGGAGCUAACGAUGGAUCUGUGUGGUGUUAUCAAAUUGAUGAAUCCAGUAACUCGCUUGUGCAAUUAAUGACAGGUUUCUCGCACUCAUUGGAAUGUAACAGUGGUAUAUUUGUAAACACCGACAAGGGAGAAGACGAAUUAACGUUAGUCUCUGUUUCUGAAGACGGUACCGUAGUGAACUGGAAUUGUUUCACUGGUGCUGUUAACUAUAAAUUGCAACCAUAUGACGACUUCAAGGGUGUUGAAAGCCCGUGGGUCUCUCUCAAUGCCCAUAAGAACGUUAUUGCCCUUGGAGGGCGUGAUGGUCAAUUAGCUAUAGUAAAUAACGACUCAGGUAAGAUUGUUCACACUAUCAGAACCCUUGAAAAUGCCGAGGACGAAGCAGAGUUGUCUAUUGAAGCAUUAUCCUGGUGUUCCGCACCACUGAUCAACUUGUUAGCUGUCGGUUUAGUCUCGGGUGAUUUAUUAUUGUUCGAUACCUUACAAUGGAGAUUACGUAAAUCCGUCAAAAUAGACGAUACCAUAACUAGAUUGGAAUUCGUUGAAGGAACCCCGUACUUAAUUGGUUCUUCAAUGAAUGGGAAAAUAUAUAAGUGGGAUGCUAGAACGGCUGAAGAAGUAUUUGUUGGUGUCGGUCAUAAUAUGGGUGUCUUAGAUUUCACUGUUUUAGAAAACGGUAAUAAAUUAAUAACUGCUGGUGAUGAAGGUGCCGCCUUGGUCUUUGUAACCCAACAGUAA